AUGAAACCUUUGAUUAAUUUCCAAGUUCACCACGAAACCUCGAUACAACGGUUUCGCUUAACCCAGGAGAAGAUUAUCGUGGCAGCCCAAACUGCUAUUGCGCAUAACCUCCAAUGCCAACAUUGUCAAGAUAAUGAAGUAUGCACGCAGCACUUGCGAGAAUUCGAGAUAGGGGGCUUGUGGAAUGCAGACUUCAAUCCUUCGUCCAAAUUGAUGCUGACUGCUAACCACGACCGGAAACUUUGCCUCUGGGAUGUUGAGACAGGUACUUAUGUUCGCGAGUUCUUAAGGCAUGUAGACGACGAAAUCAAGACAGUUUUGUUUCUUGACGAAAUAACCUUUGCAGCUGGAUUCAGCGAUGGUGCUUUGAUGAUUUGGAGCUCCACGGCAGACCAACCGACUCACGUUCUGGUCGGACAUACCGAAACAAUUCAUCAGUUGGCUUGCCAUGAUCAGUUCUUGUUUUCUGGUUCCCGCGACAAGACUGUCAGGAUUUGGAAUAUUGCGACAGGAGAAUGCGUUCGUGUUCUGGAGGGACAUACAGAUUAUAUCUCCGCCAUUACUGUCAGUCCUGACUUUUCCCUUCUACGAGUUGGCAGUGGGAAUAGAGAACUUCGUAUUUGGGAUUGGAGAACUGGAGAACUUGUAGCUGUCUGCCAGACCGAUGCCUUAGUAUCGUCGCAGUACGGAGAUAUCGAUGGCAAAUUGGUGACAUGUGGACUUGAUGGAAAAAUCAGAACCUGGACACAGAAAGGCGAUUUGCUAGAAACCUUUGCCGCCCAUGAAGCGCCAGUAAGAGCAUUGGCCAUGGCUGGCAGGUUCGUAGUUACUGGAGCGAGAGAUGGCACAUUAAAAGUGUGGGAUUGGGAUAAGAAAGAUAUGCUUUUUGAGUUUGGUGACCCGGAACUUCGCUUGUUAUCCGGAUUUGGUACUGCACAUGGAAUGCUCUACACAGACUCAGGUAAAAGUGGCCUUGGCCCUCAUCACGUGCAGAUUUGGGAUCUUGGAGAGAUCGAAAGGGUUGCCACCGGGCUGUUAGAGUCACGCUCUAACUAA